AUUCAUUUAACUAACAGUUUGUGUGCAAAACAUUAUAUUUACAAAUGUGUCACAAGUUUUGUGUAAAUAUAGCGUAAAAUGGCUUUCAAUUGUCUCCGUAAUCAGUGACCAAACGGUUUACGGUAUUAUCAUUUGCUUUGUGACCAAAUCCGGUGACCAUUUGUGACAAUGAGUGCUGAGCCGAAACGGGUGUCGCUGAAGACCGUGCCAUCGGUGGCCAACACUUGCGACAGACUCGACAACAACCACAAGAAGUCGAAGAAUGGGCCCAAAGAGGCGCCGAAAGAGCCGAAAACGAGACGAUUUACGGUUACUCUGCGGUUGAGUGAAGACACCGACGAAUUCAAUGAGUUCUCGUUCAAUGAGUUGAUGAAGACUUCCGACGACAAGGAUGCCGAACCUAACGGUGCGGAUGCGGACGACGCCUACCUGUCCGUCGACGACGAACAGAACGAACAGAAGUUACGAAAACUCGCGAAAAGCUUUGAACUGAAAUACGGGCCGAAGAAGCGGCGUAUGAUUGAGGACCACAUCGACAAAGGGAGCGGUUAUGACGACACGGAUCCCUUCAUUGACAACGAGGAGGCGUACGACGAGUUGGUGCCCUCGACCCUCACCACCAAAUACGGCGGCUUUUAUAUCAAUUGCGGUGAACUCGAGUUCAGACCCCUUUCGCCAGAAGUCGUAGACAUGAACGUCGAGGAGGAGGAGGACGACGACGAAGAGGACAACAUUAGACCUGUGCUUAAGCGCAAAAAGAAGUUAAAACUUAUAAACCAGAAGAGGAGGCGUCCGAGCGUUGAUUUGGUCCAAAAGAACGCCACGAAUAAGACAACGCUUCCCAACAAAACGGUGAAAGAAAUGCUGAGACAUAAGAAGUUUAUUACACCGAAUGCCAGCAAUAAUACCAAUAAUGUCGAAGAGAUUCAGUUGAAUGACUCGGAGGAAGAGGUUAUGGUCUCGGCGUCAGUGAAGGAUGUGGUCGACUGUGUGGCCAAAGGCGAGGAUCAGUCCAACGGCCAUAAGACGAUGACAUCGAAUGGUAAUAUAGAGGCCGAAGAACUUAAUAGAACUGAUGUCUUACAACCGGUUCAAUUGCCCGACAAUUUGCCACAAGACCUGCGUUUAUUGAUCGAUAAGAUUAAAAAGUUGGCCCAAACAUCACACGACGGCAAACGGAACUUCUUCACCCAAGAAAUCAAUAAACUUCUCUUUGAAGUGGAAACUAAGACCAAAUCACUGCCACAACUGAGCAAAACGCAAAUAUACGCUCAUUUGGCGUCAAAACUUCCGGUCACUAAACAGACACUCAUCUCGAAGGUGAAGAAGGCGUCGGUCGAGACGUUUGAUUACGAACUCAACUCAGCGAUGGCUCGGAUGCAAGUGUUGGUGAAAGCGAAUACAGACACUGUGUUUCAGAAGUAUCAACAGGACAUGCAAAAUGCCAAAGAACUGGACGAAAAGAACAAACAAAGCGGUACUCAGCAUAUGGUGACACUUCCGCGCAAAGUGUUUUCGUUUAGUCCAGAAAUGCGACAACAGUUGGACCGCGCAGUCAGAGCUAAAAUCAAUUUAUACGACCAAAUCAGUCAUAAGAGCCAAACGAUUACUCUUAAGGACUAUUUGUUUGAGUUCUUGGAGCAGAAAGUGAAACCCAUUUUCCCGAAGGGAUGGAUGAGUACUGAGCACUUGAAGCGUAGAGUCAAGUGGAUUAAAGACAUACUGCCGCCGGCAGAGAGUCGCAACUGGAGGCCCAAAGAGCCCAGACAGCCAUCGCCACAACAACCGCCACAAUCACACCAACAGUCCCAACAGUCAUCACCACAAACACAAACUGUGGGCAAACCGACGGCGCAGACCAACGCAGUGACUAAAAGUCAGCCCUCUCUGCCCGAAAAGUGUACAAAACCUGAAAGUGAUUCAAAUCAACGAAAAUCGUUACUGAAUUCAAAUAACAGUAAAUUGACUGCAAAUCCCUAUCAAAUGGCUUCUAAAAUGAGUGACAAUAUGAGUGAAGGACUCGGAAGUAAAUUCAUGCCAAACCCCAAAGAGACUAAGAAUAGCAUCAAUAAUACUGAUUACAUGACAAACGUUACAUCAAUUGAUUUGUCGACAAAAGCGCGUUCGUCUCCCAAACCGACGGUUCCGACGGCCAAAGUGUCGCCAAUGAAUUUGAAGACAUCGCCCAACACAUCAUCUCUCCUUAAAUCCGAUGCAAUCAAAUCCAGUUCCCCAUCGCCUUCCGCGUCGCCGCUGUCCGUCAACUCUAUACUGAGUUCCAGCAAAACGAGUGAAAAGGCGGACAAAUUGAGUCGAGAGGAGUGUCUGACGAAAGUGAUUGAACGGAGUUUAGGAGACUAUCCCAACAGUUAUACCAAUAGUCAGAGGAAUUCAAAGACAAACUCUUUGCCACAGAAUUCGAUUCUGUUUGCGAAUGAGAUGUUUGCCAAAGGAUUCACUAAUAGUGCUAAAGAGUCGGUGAAAGCCAAGCCUGAGGUCAUCGAAAUAGCCUCAUCUCCCGAGCCAUACAUUAAAAGCCAUCAAACGACACAUCAGACAACCCCUUCCAAACAACAACUGUCCUCUCAAUCAUCACAUGCCGCGUCCUUACAGUUCAUACAGAACUUCCAGCAACAACAGCACCAAAAGUCGAUGCAAUCGCAGCAAAAGACAGCUAACAAACAGUACUCUAUGUCUCAACCGUUGACUUCGACCACUUCGGCAUCAAAUGUUAGUUUUUCGCGGACAUCAGAAGUGCCUAAAAAGAAGUACAACUCAUCGACUUCUUUGAUUCAGUCAUCAAAUACUCCAAAACUGGAACAGGAUUUGCGUCAAAACGCUUCAAAAGUGGACUCAAUUUUACAUCAGUCAUACAUCAGUGCUAACUCCGGGCGGAACAGUAGUCGCGACACAUCCAUAAGCAUUACGCCGAUUCCGCAAAGUAAAUCAAACGACAUUAUGACCCCUAAACAGAGCACCAGUUCCCGACUCAUGAGCACAGCGGCUGUCGUGACAUCGGCUUCACCGACGAUCACCACAAUUGCCAAUAACCCGCUUAUGAUGGACGCAUACCUGCGCCAAAUACAGUCAUUCGCCACCAGCGGACAAAUACCGCCGUAUCUGAGGUUUUUGGACACUCCUAUCUACCAAACGGCACAAACCUCUCCAAACCUCUACUAUCCCUAUCAGAACACCAUUUCUCCCAAUAAUUCCAACAAUAAGACCACAAAAGACAAGUAAAACACUUGCUAUGAGUGCUGUAUAAUAGUUGUCACAUAACUGUAUAAUUUAGUGGACAAGUAGGGACGGCCUACCGUAAGUACAGUAUAAAUUAACUAAUUCAGUACGAGUUUCGAUUCAUUUAUAACAAAAUAAUCAAAUUUUUAAGACUCAAUAAUUGACAGUAAGAGUUUUGAAUGAUUUUAUAUCUAGUUUUAUGAUAACUACUAAUCGAG